CUGGGCGCUGAGCCGGAGCCCGCCCGCCUGCCCAGCCCCGCGCCCGGCCGAGGAGCGAUGCAGCGCGGUUUGGCCGCCCCCAGCGAGCACCGCGCCCGAGACAAAGCCCGCGCGUGAGCGGCGCCUUCGGUCCGCUCGCCCCGCGCCAGGUGAGCCUCAAAGCAGGAGCCCCGAAUCAGCCUCUCAUCUGACGACUGUCAGCUGCUGCUGCUGCCACCAGCCUGUCCCCUGCCCAGGCCUGUCACUGUGCCACCUCUCAGUAGUUGCCUGUGGACAAAUGAAGCUGCCGCCACACCUCACCUGGACCACAGAGUUAACACGGGCAGCAGAAUGAAAGAAGUCAUGUCCAACAACAGCACCACUAGCAUCUCGCAAGCCAGGAAGGCUGUAGAGCAGCUGAAGAUGGAAGCCUGUAUGGACAGGGUCAAGGUCUCCCAGGCAGCCGCAGAUCUCCUGGCCUACUGUGAAGCUCACGUGCGUGACGACCCCCUCAUCAUACCAGUGCCUGCGUCCGAAAACCCCUUCCGAGAGAAGAAGUUCUUUUGUACCAUCCUCUGACUCCGUCGGUUGGGACGUGGCUCCUUUUCUGUCCGUACAUUCCCUGGUAGAGACCGCAUGCUCUCCACUGUAGGGAGUUCCAGCCACCCCCGCCCUCCCCAAGCAGGGUGGCCCCGGCUUGCCUCUCUUCACUGGUUUUCUUAGUUGCGUUCCAUUUCACGUCGUCUUUUCAUUCUCGUGCUAUUUCCAUCACUGGCAAAGCAAAUAGACAUUCUUGUAGCCAAAUAACACGUGUGCCAAGUAAAACUAAGUAUGGGGUUAAGGGUUUAAUUUUUUAAAGCAUCAAUUCCCAUUUCUCAGUUCAUCAAGUUCCUACAUUUCAGUGGCUAAUUUAUGGAAAAGAAAACUGUACAACCCCCCCCUCCAUUCCCAAGAAUUCAGUAGCAAAUUAGAACAUUUGGACUCACUGAGAUAUAUGGAUAUAUGGAUAAAGUUUUCGUCUGGAAGUUCUCUAUCUCCUGCUUUUCCAUCAUCCUAUUAGAAAGGAAAUAAUCCACAGCAUCAGACAGUUUUCCUAACGUGUGUCUUUUCUCAGCUGUGGGGCCCAGACCCCAAUGAGGACACAGGCCCCUGUUUCCCACUGAUUACCACUGACCACUCUGGAGGGGGUCCUUCUACAGAUGUCGAUGUUGGGGGACUAUCGUAGCAAGCUUCCCUGUCCGUGGACACCACGACAGCCGUCUCUCUGUGUCUCCAGCUGCGCCGGCCAAGGGCGCCGUCCCCCUCUCCAUAUGCUCGUUUUCCUGCUCCUCCCCUGCUUCUCUCUAGUUCUAACAUGGCUGCAUUGAUGAGGACCUGCGCGGGGUGCAGCACGGGGCCCCGCGGGGGUGUCACCAGGGUGGUUCCUGCUCCCGAGGAGUGAGCUAUGGGACAGCAGCUCCCUCUGCACCAACCACUGACCUGAGCGUUGACCGUAUUCACUUAUUUAAUCCUCCAGCAAUUAAUAAAUGCCACGAGAGUAGAUCUGUUUUAAAGGGAGGGAAACUGAGGGGCGCCUGGGUGCAUCAGUGGGUUAAGCACCAACUCUUGAUUUCAGCUGAGGCCAUGAUCUCAGGGUCCUGGGAUCGAGCCCCGUGUUGGGCUCCACACACAGCGAGGGGUCUGCUUGAGAGUCUCUCUUUCCCUCCCCCACUGCCCUCGCCCUGCUUACUCGUUCUGUUUGCUCCAAUAGAAAUAGGCACUGCACACUUCUCUCCCCAUCUUUGCCAGGAGGAGGCACUUUGGGCCCAAAUAGCUUAUGGAAAAUGAUAGAUACGUGGACACCCCAGUGGAAGACUAGACAGCUCUUGGGUUUUCUGAGACCAAUUUGCAGACCCCACCUAAAACAAAAAUGAUGAAAGAGAAUAAACCACGGGGGCAGAGAGCCCCUUGUCCAAGUUCGUGCUCUUCUGUUGCUGUAGAAACUGCAGUACUCCCUGGCUCUCACAGCCGCUGGCUGUGCCAUAUGGGGCAAGCCAUUGUGUGCCUGGAAUGUUCUAACCUGCUAAUGGGGGAUAAUGGUAAUUACUCCUCCCUACCUUUCUCUCUAGGAGGCCACAGAGAGGGGCUACAUAGAUGAAAGCUCUGAUUAUCAUUUAAAACAAAUUACUAAAUGUUCCAAUAUAACAUUGGCAGGAAUGCGGGACUUCAAAGACACAUGGUUCAGUCGGAGGACUCAAGUAAAAUUGCCAGAAAGAGCCAAAUGUAAUUUCAGAUCAAUUAAUAACUUGCCACCUUGCAAAUGGCUUUAGUACAUUUUUAUUCUUUGCCUCUUCUUUCUCGGAAGCGAUUCUUCGUUUCAUUAAAGCUCACUGGUAUCGCCAGCGAGGUUAGGAAGCCGUAUGCUCUAACGAGAGCAGAAUUGUAUGCUGUGUGUGAUAAUCAGACUUCAAACCCUUCCCUGUCUCGGUUGAUGACCAGGAGCUCUUUCUUCUGUGGUCCACGUCAACAUCGUUAACCUGAUAAAGCAAAGCGCAAUUUGUAAAAGCACAUCCGAGAAGCCUAGAAAGUGGGACAGCACGGAAGCUGGCUAAACCAGGUCAGGAAGAAACUGUGAUUCUCUCCUGCCUCCAGACUUUCCCUCCUUUGUUUUCACUUUUCCUGUCCCUCCCUUCUGUCCCUCUCUUUUUCCUUUUCCUCUCCUCUCCCUUACCUUCCUCCAUGAGAUGCUUUUUCGUUUUUGUGAUUUGCCCUUUCUAAAGCGUCCCUGAACUCGAUGCCCUCUUCCUAAAGCCAAGGUCAUGCACUUGGGCUCCGAGAUACACAAACAGGUGGAUGAGCCCCUCGCCCUGCUGGCCACUCCCUGGGAGGUGAACCAAAGGGGGUGUGCCUGCAGUGGACAGUCGUCACUUUGUGUUCGCAGUGUGGCUGUCCAGCAUCUGACCCCCCUUCCUACAGGGGGAGAUCCCCCCUUACAUAUACAUUUAGCGGAUGCAAUAGUACUCCCUUCCACUGUGGAUGCUGAAGGGGGUAGGUCUUCCCUGUCUCUCCGGUGCACCCCCUUUCCAGCACCAGGCCUGCCAGGGAGGGACCAGUGACCUGAGGUGAACUGCUUGGAUUCACUCCUUUGCCUGGACCUAUGAGCUCAGAGCAAGUUGCACAGAAAUGGAAAGAUGCUGAGAUUUCGUUUUGUGGGAGCUGUGGUGGUCCAGGGGCAGCAGCGGCCCAGCAGGGGAGGCAUCUAAGCCCGGCAGGCUUCAGGGAUUCUUGUGCCCAUGGCUCACAAUGAGCAGGGACUGCAGAGUCCUGAGUAGACCAUUCCUGCUCCAGGCCUCGGCCCCACUAGCUGUCUUGCCACCCCCACCAUCCUCCUGGGUCUCUUUCUUUCUAGCUUUCUGUCAAUUCUUUGAGCUUCCAAGCUCCAUCCAGUACAUUUCUUAUUCCAUGAACUAGCCUGGGUUGUACAUAUCAUAUGAUCUAAAAACCCCAUUCCUGGGUGCGUACAUUACAGAAAGGUGCAUAUGUGUUCACCAAAAGAAAAGUACUGGGAUGUUCAUAGAAGUGCUAUUCAGAGUAACCCAAAGCCAAAAGCACUCCAAUGCCCUUGUUGAAUGGAUAUAUGAAUUCUGGUGUAUUCACACGGUGAAAUCCUGUGCGGCAGUGGGAAUAGUGACCCUGCGGCUCGACCCCACAGCACGGUGUGAGGCUCACGGCACACGGCAGCUUCAUACUACGUGAUUCCACUUAUGUCAAAUGCAAAACCCAGCAAAGCUAAUCCCUGCUGUUGCAAGUAGGGAAUAUUAGUUACUCUUUGGAGGAUGGGAGCCAGAGGUGCACAAGGGGAGCUUCUAGAAUAUUCUGUGUGUUGAUCUGGUUGCUAGUUACGUGGGUGUGUCCAGUUUGUGAAAAUUCUUUGAAAGCUGUUCACUUUGGAUUGUGUACUUUUCCGUAUGUAUGUUAUACUUCAAUAAAAGUCGGUUUGUGUGG